AUGGUACACGCCGCCGACCACCUGUCUGCCCAAGAGCUCGAGACGCUCUCCACCAAGGCCAUCGCCGCCAAGGACACCGCAUACUGCCCCUACUCAAAGUUCCGUGUUGGCGCAUGCAUUUUGACCGAGUCGGGCGAAUUCGUCCAGGGCGCCAAUGUUGAAAAUGCCUCUUAUCCUGUUGGAACUUGUGCGGAGCGAGUAGCUUUUGGAAGUGCGAUUGUGGCCGGGCAUCGCAACUUCAAGGCCAUUGCCGUUGCGACUGACAUCAAACCUCCCGCUUCACCAUGCGGCAUGUGUAGACAGUUUAUGAGUGAAUUUACCACCCCAGAGUUCCCUAUCUUUAUGUAUGAUGGUGAGGGGAACUAUACUCUUACUACAAUGGGAGAGCUCCUACCGAGCUCGUUCGGCCCGAGUGAUUUCACUCAUUGA